CCGGGUUAAUUUUCUUCCCAGCGGCUGGCGGGCGCGGAGGGCUGUGCCAUGGCUGCCACGGUGCAAGAAUGCCUGGAGCUCCAGCUGCUGGAGGUGGAAAUGCUCCUUUCCAUGUUUCCCAAGAGAGGAGAAUUCAGCGUGGAUGCGGAUGCCGUGCCCAGCAUCCAGCGCUACCUGAGGAAUGCUGGCGGAGCGCUGCCCCCGCAGCUGGAAUAUCGCAUCGCGCUCGAUGUCGGGGAGGCCAAGGUAAAGGUGGAGUUGCAGGUUCUCCUUCCUCAUAUGUACCCUCAGGUGGCUCCUCAGCUUUUUGCCAGAUCAGAUGCUCUGCACAGACAGCAGCAGCUGCAGCUCAAUACUCGUCUCACGUCUCACAUCAGCUCUCUGGAUCCAGGAGAUCUGUGUGUGUGUGAGGCUGUGCAGUGGGUGAAGGACAACACCCUGCCCUUCUUGGAAAACUGUCAGGCCUCGUCUGAGUGUGCUGCUGAAGCAGCCAGGGCUAAGGAAAUGCUGCAUCGCAUGUGGAUCUACAGCCAUCACAUAUACAGGCAGGAACUGAGGAGGAAGAUUUUUGACUGUGCAAAGAAGUUAAAUCUGACUGGCUUCUGCCUGACUGGCAAACCUGGUGUCAUCUGUGUGGAGGGACUCCAGGAAAACUGUGAAGAGUUCUGGCGUGUUAUUAGGUAUCCCAACUGGAAGCACAUUUCGUGCAAGCAUGUGGAGAAUAUAGAAACGGAGGGAAGCAUUGAUAACCUUCGUCUCUUUCACGGUUUUGAAGACCUGCAGUUUCAGGCACAUGGUGAUUAUGGCCUGAGGAAUGACUAUCACAUGGAUCUUGGCCAGUUUCUAGAAUUCCUGAAACAGCAUCAAAGUGGACACAUUUUUCAGAUUUUAUUUGGUGUUGAAGGCAAACUUUCAGACAAUUGAGAGAAACUGUUUAUAAAGAGUUCUAAUUCUGGAGAGCAAGAGGUGUUGCUAACACUGAAAUAUUUUGCCUUACAGCUACUGUGAAAAAGGAAACUUUUAACAUCUGAGAUGAAUGGUUCAAGUAGUUCACCUCAGCUUUUGUGCUGAAGUGCCACAUAUUUUUGAGACGUGUUCACUGAUUUUCUAAGACUCUAAAACUGGCAUUUAUCUCUGUGAGCCAUGCCUGAUAAAUAUUCCACCGUGUGUUGGGAAUUAUACACUUCUGUCUGCUCAUCUGUACUGUGCUGUGUGAAUUUCUUCCCAUCUUAUCUGAACCCACUCUCUUUCAGUUUAAAACAUUCUCCCUUGUCUUGUCACUACAUGCACUUGUAAAAAAGUCCUUUCUCUUUUUUGUAGGCUCCCUUCAGGUACUAGAAGGUGCUGUAAGGGCUUGCCAAACCCUUCUGUCCUCCAGGCUGAACAAUCCCAAUUCUCUCAGCCAGUUGUCAUAGGAGAGAGAUGCUCCAGCCUUCCGAUCAUUUUUUGUGUCCAUCCUCCUCUGGACUUGCUCCAGCAGGUCUGUGUUCCUUUUACGUUCACGUCCCAGAGCUGGAUGCAAUGAUCUGUUUGGGCUCUCACAAAAGUGGAGUGGAGGGUGAGAAUCACCUCCCUCAGCUGCUGGUCACGCUGCUUUGGAUGCAACCUAGGAUUCAGUUGGCUUCCUUGGCUUCAGGUGCACAUCACUGGCUCAUGUUGAGUUUUGUGUCUCCCAGUACCAAGUCCCUCUCCUCAGGGCUGCUCUCAAUCCAUUCUCCACCCAGUUUGUGUUUGUGCUUGGGACUGCCCUGAGCCACGGGCAGGAUCUUGCACUCAGCCUUGUACACAGACCCACCUCUCCAGGUCCCUCUGGAUACCAUCCCCUUCC